AUGGCCGUCUUCGUGAGACUUAGGGAUAUGUUCCUGACUCGGAGGAGCAUCCAAGAUGUCUCAAUGAAGCCUUGUCAUUUGAAGGUGAUGUUGAAAGAUGGUACUCUUGUAGCCUUCAGGAUCGUGGCGACCGUCUGCAACCCCGUUACGAAGAUGCUAAUAUCUGCCAACGAUUCGAACCCCGAGCCCGGAGAAGGAUCAGAUGCAAAAGUGAAGAAGGGUGAGGACGAAUCCAAUUCAGGCCCGAGCAAAGGAACAAACUUGAAGACGAAGAAAACCAACAAUUGGCCUCGUGCUGGGAAGUUUACUGGAAAGGAGGAGGGUCAGGAUUGCCCGGAGGGCCUUCGAAUGAGUAACAUAUCUCAACAACUAAAGCGUAGGACAGGAAUAUCCGGAAAAGGUUAUCGAUCAAGUCGUAUUGCGGCAAUAGAUGAAAGUAAAAGCAGCAGAUUCAGCGUCACUACUGCGACACCUCAAAGAGGUUUUGAGCUUGCCAGCGAGGCAAAAUAUAAUAGAUGA